AUGGAGGCUAAUUGGCUACUAUGGCUUCCUAAAAGCUCAAGACAUCAAGCUUCCUGGAAUUUACUUCGAGACUUAUCCAUGAGAGACUCUCGGCCUUGGCUUUGCUUAGGUGACUUUAAUGGCUUGCUAACUGAGGAUGAUAAACUUGGAGGUGCAGCAUUGGGGUUUCACUACACUUGGGAGAUGAUAAGGAAUACUGUGAUAGUUUGUCGUGAAAAGUUAGAUAAUGGCUAUAAUGAGCUGGUCAUCACUCUUUUUCAAUGCAAUUUCACAAAUAAUGGUGUCUCCGGUUUCAGACCAUUCUCCAAAAAUGGAAAGCAAGCUAGUGCGAAUUAUAGAAGGCUUCAAUUUGAUAAUAAUUGGCUCGGAGAAGCUGAAUUAGAACAAGUGGUGAAAGCAUCAUGGAAUCAAUCUUCUGUGUACAAUUUUAUUAGACGAUGGAAGAGUUGUAUUGGUGAAAUAGAGAAGUGGGGUAGAAAUCAUAACUCUGAAUUUUGGAAAAAAUGGAAGCAGUUGCAAAAAAUGUUGGAAGAGGCACGAGAUGUCUGUGACGAUCGAAAAGUACAACUGCUGUAUCAAGAGUGGAAUUUCAUCUUGUAUAAAGAAGAUUACAGAAACAUACAAAAUGCAAAACAAAAAUGGUUACUGCAUGGUGGCAAAAACUCAAAAUUUUUUCAUGCAUCAAUCCGAGCUAGAUGCAGGAAAGCUGCGAUUGAAAAGUUAUAG